GUGAUAAAAAGGGAUGAAGGAGGAAAGAGCAGGCAGAUCCACAGACAAGGAGGGAGGAAGACGCGUUCAGAGGAAUCACUAUAAACAGACACAGACAUGCCUGAGCCCCAGAAGCCAGAAGCCGAGGGCGAUGAGACCGCAGCACCUCCUGCUGGUAAGUGCCAGAUGCAGACAGAGGAGGAGGAUAUCCAGCCUGCACUAGCGAACAAUGAGCCUAGGGAUGAGUUGCCUCCUGAUGAACAUGUGCCAGGCGAGGAUCCUCAGAUGUCCGAGCUGUCUGGCAUAUUCGUGUUGAAGCCAGAGAGUGUCACAGCAACAAAAGGCAAGGACGUCUCGUUUAUGGCUAAAGUUGACUCCUCAAAACUGCUGAGGAAGCCCGUCAUGAAGUGGCUGAAAGGGAAGUGGCUGGACCUGGGAAGCAAAGCUGGGAAGCACCUGCAGUUCAAAGAGACCUAUGACAGAAACACCAAGAUCUACACUUACGAGAUGAGCAUCAUCAAAGUAGUGGAUGGAGACGCAGGUGGUUACCGCUGCGAGGUCACCUCCAAAGACAAGUGCGACAGCUGCACAUUCGAAGUCUCUGUGCAGGCCGUACAAGAGGAGCAGCAGGACAACAUCUUGGAGGCAUUUAAGCGAUCUGGAGAUGCAGGUGAGGAUGCGGGGGAUCUAGACUUCAGUGCCCUGCUGAAGAAAAGGCAGAAGAAACAUCAGGAAGUCAAAGAGGAAGUGGAUGUUUGGGAAAUCUUAAAGGCGGCAAAGCCCUGUGACUAUGAGAAGAUCGCCUUUGAGUACGGAAUCACGGACCUGAGGGGCAUGCUGUCGAGGCUGAAGAAGAUGAAGAAGGUGGAGCCCAAAAAGAGUGAUGCUUUCCUGAGGAAGUUGGAUGCAGCCUACUCAGUGGACAAGGGCAAGAGGAUCCAGCUCACAGUGGAGGUGGCCGACCCUGAUGUUCCUGUCAAGUGGCUCAAGAAUGGACAGGAGAUCAAACCAUCAGCCAAGUAUGUGUUUGAGAGCGUGGGCAACAAGCGGACACUCACUAUCAACAAGUGCAACCUGUCUGAUGACGCAGCAUACGAGUGCGUGGUCGGGGAAGAGAAGUGCUUCACGGAGGUUUUUGUCAAAGAGCCUCCAAUCACCAUCACCAAGCUGCUGGAUGACGUUCACACCGUGGUGGGCGAGAAGGUGGAGUUUGAGGUGGAGGUGUCUGAGGAGGGAGCCAACGUCAAAUGGAUGAAAGAUGGAGUUGAGCUGACCAAAGACUCAGCAGGUUCAAAGUACAGGUUCAAAAAGGAUGGGAAGAGGCACAUUUUGAUCAUAAAUGAAGCGACUUUGGAGGAUAUUGGAAUGUAUCACGCCCUGACUAACGGUGGAGAGUCACAGGCAGAACUGGAAGUUGAAGAUAAGGAGCUUGAGGUCCUGCAGAGCAUAGCUGACCUGACAGUGAAGGCUGCUGAUCAGGCUGUAUUCAAGUGUGAAGUGUCUGAUGAAAAAGUGACAGGGAAAUGGUUCAAGGACGGAGUGGAGGUCCAGGCCAGUGAUCGCAUCAAAAUGACACACAUUGGAAGGACCCACAAGCUGACGAUUGAUGACGUGAAGUCUUCGGAUGCUGGGGAUUAUACCUUUGUCCCUGAUGGCUACGCAUUUUCUCUCUCAGCAAAACUCAACUUCCUCGAAAUCAAGAUUGACUAUGUUCCAAGACAAGACCCUCCCAAAAUACACCUGGACGCCGGCGGCAGCGGCAACAAGAACACCAUUAUCGUGGUGGCUGGAAACAAACUUCGCCUUGACGUUGAGAUCACAGGAGAGCCGGCCCCCACUGUGUGCUGGAUGAAAGGAGACCAAGUGGUGUCUGAGGCUGAGGGGAGGGUCCGUGUGGAGACCAGGAAGACCCUGUGCAGCUUUGUAAUUGAAGGAGCGGAGAAGGAGGAUGAAGGCCACUACUCCAUCACUGUGACUAACCCCGCUGGUGAAGACAAGGCUCAACUCUUUGUCAAGAUCGUGGAUGUGCCCAACCCUCCUGAGAAUGUCAAAUGCACAUCAGUUGGUGAGGACUCUGCCAUAAUCACAUGGGACCCUCCCUCAUUUGACGGCGGAGUUCCUAUUAAAGGGUACCUGAUGGAGAGGAAAAAGGCUGGCUCCUCCAGAUGGACCAAGCUCAACUUCGAUGUUUAUGAAUCCAACACGUAUGAGGCAAAGAGGAUGAUUGAAGGUGUACUUUACGAGAUGAGAGUGUUUGCAGUCAACGGCAUUGGCAUCUCUCAGCCCAGUGAAAACUCCAAGCCCUUCAUGCCCAUUGCCCCCACCAGUGAGCCCUGUCGUCUCACCGUGGAAGAUGUGACAGACUCUACCUGUGCACUCAAGUGGCGUCCUCCAGAGAAAAUCGGAGCAGGCGGCAUCGAUGGCUACAUCAUUGAAUACUGCAAAGAAGGAAGUGAUGACUGGGUUCAAGCAAAUGAGGGGCUAGUGGGAAUGAACCAGUACAGGGUGAAAGGUCUCCCAGUGGGAGAGAAGAUGCUGUUCAGAGUGGUGGCUGUCAACAAGGCUGGACGCAGCCCCCCCGCCGUUCUCGCCCAGGCUGUCACUAUCAGGGAGAUCAUGGAGAACCCAAAGAUCCGCGUUCCUCGCAACCUUAGGACCAAACUCAUCGCACGCGUGGGCGAUAAGGUGAACUUGGUCAUCCCCUUCCAGGGUAAGCCUCGCCCUGUUGUGACCUGGUUCAAAGACGGCGCUCUCCUGGAGGACAAAUCAGUGGGAACUCGCACCAGUGAGGUGGACACCAUCCUUUUCAUCCGCUCUGCAGAGAGAACCCAUUCGGGGAAAUACACACUCUCCGUUCAGAUUGAAAACAUGUCCGACAGUGCUGACAUACACAUCCAGGUUGUAGAAAAACCCGGUCCUCCCAUCGCUGUACACGUCACGGACAUCUGGGGUUUCAACGCUGCGCUGGAGUGGAAGCUGCCGAAAGACGACGGCAACUGUGAGAUUAUCGGCUACACCAUCCAGAAGGCUGACAUGAAGACAAAGGAAUGGUUCACAGUCUAUGAGCACAAUCGCAGGCCCAGCUGUACUGUGUCUGACCUGGUCAUGGGGAACGAGUAUUCCUUUCGAGUGUACAGCGAAAACAUCUGUGGCCUCAGCGAAGAGCCUGGCGUCAGCAAGAACACCGCCAUCAUUUCUAAAACAGGUCUGGAUUUAAAAGCUCCAGCAUUCAAAGAGAAGGACAUUAAGAGUUCCCCGAAGUUCACAGCGCCCCUGGUGGACAGAAGUGUGGUUGCUGGUUACGCAGCCGCUAUCAGCUGUGCUGUUCGCGGCUUCCCCAAGCCAAAGAUCGUUUGGAUGAAGAACAACAUGAUCCUCGGUGAAGACCCCAAGUAUUUGAUGCAGAACAAACAGGGCGUGCUGACUCUGAAUAUCCGCAAGCCGAGCCUGUUCGACGGGGGUAAAUACUCCUGCAGGGCCAUCAACGACCUCGGGCAAGACGAGGUGGAGUGCAAGCUGGAGGUUCGAGUUGUUCAAGAGAAAGGAGAGGGGGUGAAGAAAUGAGCGACAGCACGAAACAGCAGAGGAUACAGUCGAACAGGAAUAGUAAUGGAUUAUGUAUAACGGGAUAGUCAUGAAUAAAUAUGAUUAGAAUAGAUCACUGGUGAAGCUCUAAAGCCAAUCCCCCUGCUCAACCCCCUUUUCCCUUCUACAUGCUUUGCCUUUCAGCGCUGCUAUGACAAAUGCCACAUCAGUAAUAUGCCAUAAAUUCUUCCAGCAAGCUGCCACCUUGUCACAUCCUGAGUGAGAGAAGCUGUAGAGUAGUGUAGUAGCACUGCCCUGCUGUGACCACAUACAGAUGGAUCCCUCUUAUCUGUGAAGUGGACCUGUCACUGAACACACUUAUAAAACAGCCUUUCAUCCAUUACGGCUCCCUGUGUUGUCUGUUUUGUGUCCGGGACGUUUUUAUAGGUUGGGAUGAAUUUAUGAUUGUGAUGCAGCUGGAGGCAGUGAAACCUCCGCAGUGUGACCGAGCGGCUGCACACCUCUGCUUCUUGUGAUGUUUGAGCGGGGACCCCCGUCAGUCCUCUGAUGGCUCGAUGGGAUGAGAUCACUACUCAGCCAGGCAUGGCUGACAUCACCGAGUCCCCAGGAUUUAAGGGGUUCUUAUACACACAUCUCCACACACGCGGUCAAUGUCUGAACAAUAUGAUUUUAUCAUAAUACCAUUUUCCAAAUACAAUAUGUAUCCCAAUACAUUUGUAAAAAUAAAAUAUAAUCAUGAUACCGUUUUUUUGUCACUAUACAAUAAUAGCCCAAUACUUUUGUCACAAUUAAAUAUCAUAGUUUUACCUUUGAACUAUAUCAUAUAAUUGUAAUAUGGUGAAAGGUUAAUGGGCUAGAGGUUGUGUACAUGUAACACCACAUUCACACACUGAUGGUAGAGGCUGCUGUGAAGUGUCCAUCAGUUAUUAACUAAUCCGUUCAUAAACCUUCAUCACCUCUGACGACGCAGCGGGAGCAACUUUGGGUUAAGUGUCUUGCCCAAGGACACGCGUGGCUGCAGCAGCUGGGGAUGGAACCCCCAACCUUCCAUUUGAGAGACGACCGACUCUACCACUGAGCCACAGCCGCCACAUAUCGCUCUGUCGCAAUAAACAUUCUGCCAUGUGCUGAGGUGGGACUCACCUGAGACUCAAUGAUACAUUAUUAUGGCAAUACUAUUGUCACUAUAAUACUGUGAGACUUUAGACUGAGUGAAAUAUUAUCACAAUACCUUUUUAACAAAAUGACAUUUCUGCAAUACCUUUGUACCAGUACAAUAUUAUUGUUAUAACUUUGUCACAGUGCGAUGUGAUUACAAUAUAUUUUACACAGAACAAUAUUAUCAUGAUGUCUAUGUCACAGUAACACAUAAUCACAAUACUUUUGUCACUAUAUAAUUUUAUUGUCUCAGCUCAUUAAACUCCCGAUAUGAUAUGCGAUUUUAAAGAUGUAUAAAGUGCGAUGUCUUACCCAUAUUUUUUUGAAAAUGAUUGAAUCAUUUUUAUCUAGAUAAUCUUAAAAAUGCAAGUAAAGUUUUCCUUCUGUUUUCCUCACUAGAAUAACAUCAGCUUACAAACUGAACUUCUUCAAAAGUCAACAGGGUCCAAUUCGACUUAUCAUACUGUCGGAGAAAAACGACCCUAGGGGAAAUUUAAUCGUAAUUGUUGCUCACUGUCAUAGUGAGAUGAUAGUUAAGAAGAUAUCGAAAAAAAGUGUGAGGUUUAACAGAAUAUAUGCUUUAAUAUUGCAUGAGUGGGGUUCCAUUUAGCAAGGAAGAAAAAUGUCAUGUUUGAGCUGAAUAAGUUAUAUUACACUGUACCCACACUGAACCUGUUGCACAUGUAAUGUUAAUGUUACAGGUAAAGGUGUCCCCAGAUUUGAACUGGUACAAGUUAAAGACAAGUGGGAAGAAGAAUGAAACUUAAAAGUACACACAAAGUAACGCAGCCUCUUCAGCAAUUAGGGUUUUU